AUGUCCACUACUCCAUCAACAGUCAUUAGGAUCAAGCCUCAUCAUUACAUCCAUGUAUUGGAUAAUAAUACGAAUGUUACUCGUAUUGAGGUUGGACCACAGACAUUCACUCGCCUUGACCAUGAGAAGGUACUCACUGCUACUCCACUGCCAAUGAUUCUCAUCCCACCAAGAAACUAUUGUAUCAUAGAGAACCCAGUGGUCACUGAUAAGGCCGGCAAGCUGGAGCGCGACCAGUACCAGCAGCCCAAGCUGCGCCAUGGAGACAAGGAGAUCAGGUUCUCGCAGGAGCCAUUCCCCCUGUACCCAGGCGAGGUCUUGCUCGCUGCCCCAGUGCCCCUCCAGAUCGUCUUGGCCAACAACGCCCUGAGACUCAAGUGUCUGCGUGACUUUGUUGAGAUUGCUGCCGACAAGAAGACUGAGGUCGUGCACGUUGCUGGUGACGAGUGGUUGUUUGAGGGUCCAGGUACCUACUACCCACGCAUUGAGGUGCAGGUUCUCGAGGGAGUCAAGGCUGUCAUCAUCAAGGACAACCAGGCCCUGAAGCUGCGUGCUCGUCUCGUUACAAAGGAUCGCAAGGGAGUCAUCCGUCAGCCAAAUGAGGAGUGGUUGGUCCGCGACUCUGGUGCCUACCUCCCAGGCGUCUACGAGGAGAUCGUCGGUUUCGUCCAGUCCCUUGUGUUGACUGAGCGUGUUGGUUACCACCUGUUGGCCCUGCGCUCCUUCAAGGACACAUUUGGCAAGCAGAGAAAGGCCGGUGAGGAGUGGAUCAUCACCAUCAAGGACUGCGAGACCUACAUCCCAGACGUCAACGAGAAGGUCGUCCGUGACAUCAAGUCCAUCACCCUGACCACCCGUCAGUACUGUCUUGUCGACUCCCCAGUCGACCCAGCCACCGGAAAGAACCGUCUCGGUCACCAAGAGAUGCGUCACGGUGAGCGCACCUUCUUCCUCUUGCCAGGUGAGAACCUCGUCUCUGGCAUCCAGAAUGUUAACGUCCUCUCUGAGGAUGAAGCCUUGCUGCUCACCUGCAAGGAGUCCUUUGGCGAUGUCGUCGGCAAGGACAAGGUCAACCGUAAGCCAGGUGAUCUUUGGAUGAUCUACGGACCAUGUGACUACAUCCCACCCAUCCAAGUCGACAUUGUCGAGCGUCGCAAGCGUAUCCCACUUGACGUCAACGAGGGAAUCUACGUCCGUGACACCAAGACUGGCAAGGUCCGCUCUGUCAUUGGUACCUCAUACAUGUUGCUCCCCAACGAGGAGAGAUGGCCAAAGCCCCUGUCUCCAAUCGUCGAGGAGUUGCUCAGCAAGUCCGCCACCCGUGACGUCAACGAGGAGCACAACGAGGUUGAGCGUGACCCAACCCAGGUCGUCACCUACCGUGUGCCACACAAGGCUGCCGUCCAGAUCUACGACUACCGCAAGAAGCAGGCACGUGUCAUCUUUGGACCAGAGUUGGUCAUGUUGGCCCCAGAUGAGGAGUUCACCGUCCUCUCGCUCUCUGGCAAGAUCCCAAAGAGACCAAACCACAUCCGUUCCUUGGCCCUGUUCCUCGGACCAGACUUUAUGACUGAUCUCAUCACCGUCGAGACUGCUGACCACGCCCGUCUCUCCCUGAAGCUCUCAUACAACUGGGAGUUCCAGGUUGACCAGAAGAACCCAUCCCGUCUGUUCGCCACACCAGACUUCACUGGAGAUCUGUGCAAGGCCACCGGCUCCCUGGUUCGUGCUGCCGUCGCCUCGUCCACCUUUGACAACUUCCACAAGCACUCUGCCGAGAUCAUCCAGACUGCCGUGUUUGGCAAGAACUCUGAUGGAGAGUCCAACAACCGCCUGGUGUUCGAGACCAACGGUCUGGUGAUCACCAACAUUGAUGUUCAGUCUGUUGAACCAGUCGACCAGCGUACCCUCGACUCGCUGCAAAAGUCAGUCCAGCUGGCCAUCGAGAUUACCACCAAGUCCCAGGAGGCAACUGCCCGUCAAGAGGCUGAGCGUCUGGACCAGAUGGCCAGAGGUGAGCUCGAGCGUCAAAAGAUCGUCGAUGAGGCUGAGGCCGAGAAGUCUCGCUCCAACCUAGUCCGUCUGCAGGCUCAGUCUGCCAGCGUUGAGUCCACCGGUCAGGCCAUCGCCGAGGCCCGUGCCCGUGCAGAGGCUGCUCUGAUCGCCACCGAGUCUGAGGUGAAGAAGGCCAAGCUGGAGUGCCAGGCUUCUGAGAUUGAGGCCACCGCCGAGUUGGAGGAGGAGAUCGCCAAGCAAGAGAUGGAGCUCGAGCACAUCAACCAGCUGAACGAGAUGGAGAUCUCCAAGGCAAGAGAGAUGGCUACCAUCGAGGUUGGCAAGUUCUCCAACCAGGUCUCUGCCCUCGGUACCGAGACCAUCAAGGCCAUCGCCCAGGCCGGUCCAGAGAUGCAGGCCAAGUUGCUCUCGGGUCUCGGACUCAAGACCGUCUUGCUCACCGACGGUACCUCGCCCAUCAACCUGUUCAACGCUGCCAACGGUCUCAUUGGAGGUAACAGCGCAUCGCCAGCCUUCUCUGGAUUCUCUGAUGAGGAGUAA